AGAAUAUGUGCAAGUGUGUGUUGUCGCUGUUACGUAUGGUAAGUUAGUGACGUGCGGGUCAGGUGGAGCUUUUUAUAGCGCGUGGAACUGUCCGUGGUCCUGAUGAGAGAGAAACUGCGCACGGACUCCUUUCGACAGAGGAAGAGCGCACAAGUACAGAAGACGAAGGGACACAAUAAUGUUGCAGUCUUAUCACGCUUUGCACUGAAACACACAAACGCCAAGGGUGACAUCAUGCUGUCUUUAUCCAAUCGGCAGCCAACUGGGCUCCCCCUCUCCCUCCUCCUGGUUGCCGUGGCAACGGUGGGGGCCGGAAGAGUGUGGGGGGCCUCCUUGGGCCGGGCGGACCGAGCCCCCCCCCCCAGCACUGAGAUGCUGAGGGCACUCCACUACAUCCAGAGCCUCAGCCAGCAGGCAGCACCCGUCGCCAAGGGCAACCGCCAGCCACGCCCCAGGGAGGGGGAGGGGCCAGUGGAGGAAGGGGCGGGGCAACAGUGGCUGCAGGCGGUGCUGGAGACCCUGCAGGAGACACACCCCCAGUCCCUAAGCCCCGCCCUGACUGGUGCCAGCCGGAGGAGACACAGGAAGUACCCCCUGGAGCAAGAGCGAGGCGGAUGGGGCAACAGCCUGAAACGGACCAAUGAGAACGCACAGGACGAGCAGUACACGCCCCAGAAACUGGCCACCCUCCAAUCAGUGUUUGAGGAGCUACAGAAAAUCUCCUCCUCCAAGAGCAGGAGCGAGAACAAACGCCAGGGCCCCAGCGAUUACCAGGAGGAGGAGGAGGAGGAGGAGGAGGAGGAGGGAGGCGAUGGAGAUGAGGAUGAGGAGGAGGAUGCUGAGAGGAUGAGGAAGAUGACCUUGGAGGACUGGGACCCCCUGCAGGCCCAGAUGGACGAUGAGGAGGACGAGGAGGCGGACAGAGGAGCACUCAGCCAUGAGGAGGAAGACGAGUAUGAUGACCUGCUCGUCAAGAGGGACAGCCAAUCAGACGGCGUUGGCAGGCAGGGGGCGGGCCAGCCCGAUGACCUCAGCAGCCUGGUGGACUUCUACGUGCUGAGUGUCCUGGAGAAGACGGAGCAGCAGGAGGCGGUGAGGAGAGCCACUGAGCGGGAGGAGGAGGAGGAGGAGGAGGAGGAGGAGAGAGGAGUGGCCAGUCUUUCUCUGCUGGAGCUGGUGCGGCUCUCUGAGCAGCUGGGUCUCUCUCCUGACCAGCUGCUCAACCUGCUGAAGUCUACCAGCAACCCGCUGCCCCAGCAGGCACCUCCACGGACGCCCGCAAGGACCCCCACACACCUGCAGGCACCUCCACGGACGCCCACCAGGACCCCCACACACCUGCAGGCACCUCCACAGACGCCCGCGAGGACCCCCACACACCUGCAGGCACCUCCACAGAUGCCCUACGAGCUGAAGCUGCACGCAGCCAAUGCCCCUCUAGCCAGCACACACACACGAGGACACACACAUACACACACACACACACACACAUCCGCAGGCACACACCCAGGCCUCCUGAGCAGCCCCCACGCCCGGCCACUAGAGGCGCCAGAGGACGUCCUGGCCACAGCCCAGAUCCUGCACCUUCUCGGCCUGCCUGACCCCGUCCCCCACCAGCCACCCAAACCUGCCCCCGCGCCCCGCGGCCAUCCACUGGACCUGCUGUUCUCAGAGAGGAGCGUGGACGACCCCGAGAGUGACCCCGAGGACGAGAGCGAGGCCGAGGACGAGGACGAGGACGCCAGCCCCCUGGAGAGGUUGCUGCUGGAGCAGGGGCCAGAGGGCCAGGGUCUCCCGCCCCGGAGCGCUGGGGCAAGUGGCGAGCGCAGGCUGGAGCUCCGAGCCCUGACCCAUGUGCUGGAGGACUUCCUGGACCAGCCCGGCGCCAUGGAGACGCGGCAGAGGCAGCCCGUGGACAUAGCCGACGCCGAACCCGACGACACGUUGCAAAGCAUUCUGGGACUGCUGAGGCCAGAGCAGAAGGACAGUUCAGAGACAGGUCGCCUCAGCUAAAGGCCAGCAAGACUGGACAUGUGAAUAAUAUUACACACACACACACACACACACAUCUAUGUUGUCUCCUAUUUCCAGAUACCAGACUGAAGUAUUCCGAGGGCAGAGAGGGUGGCCUCAGAUGGACUCUGUGCUGACCACAGUAGCAGUGCUGUUCUAGGGACUCCCGGCCACAGCUCAUCCGUCUGCACAGCCCCUCCAGGUCCUAGUGCCUCCCUGCCGCAAACAGUAUGACUCUCACACACACAGACUAGACAACACACAGUCACCAGUCACAGUUCUCUCCCUCACCUCACACACACACACACGCACACACAUACACACACACACCCACGGUCAGUCACCCAGGCAGAUCUGACCAACACAUUCCACCUGGGCCCUGUUCUCCCUAGUGUACUUUAGUGUGUGUGUGUGUUAGUUGGUGUGUGAUGUACCUAGAGAUGAAUAAAGCAUAUGCACGCG